GUGAUACAGUAGGUUGUCAGAGCUGUGGCGUGCUGCCUGAAUGUCUUUCAUUAAUUAGCCACAGAUAUAAUGAACCCUCUGCAGAGAACGUCUAUGCGGCGAAAUAGGUCGUGGAAUUUGUAAACAAUUGGAUCAUGCAGUUGAUUAUAGCUACAUACACACAUUUUAUUUAGGCAACGCACAAUUUUAACAAAGCGUGCUGUUCGCAUUCUGAAACCACGGAUGCAUACACAGUUCAUCUAGACACUAGAUUUAUCAUUUUCACCAAGUCUGAUUAUUUCUUAGGUUCGGCUGUUGGGUGCAUAGUGUAGUUAAUUAUCUAACCGCAUCGAACUGCAGUUCGCUGUUACAAAAGUAUCAGCUGCAUUAAAAACAGGGCUUGCACGCUUUCAAUCUGCAACCUGAAUUGUUUCCUGAUAAUCCUAAUUAGUAAUGUCAAGAUAAAGGAUCAUAGCAUAUAUGUGAAGGGCUUGUUAUGUAGCCGAUUCGCUAUGAAUGAUAGGCUAACGACUGCUUACAGAAGCAAACAAAACGCGAUUUUUAAAAUACACUACGAAUACGCAAAGAUCUUGACGCCGAGCGGAGAGGGACCCAAAAACAAAACCCUUUCAGUCUGAAGAAGUACAUUCGGACAAAGCGUUUGAGCAGCUCGACGUCUUUUAUUGCGAACAUGUUAACGCUUGCCCAGUGUGUGGAUUGAUAUUUCAUGCUCCAGCAUUGCCUCAGCAGAUGGAUUUUUGCCAUUGCAGCUCAGCAGAGGGUGUCCGAUCUUCCAGCGAGCACAAAGCUGGAACUAACAGAGCCUUUUGCUAACCGUCUUCACAGUCCAAAAACACGAGACGCGAACUGAGAGAGCAAGGGAAGAAACGGAAAGAUGCAGGGAUUGCGGAUUUUUUCCAAGGCACCGUGAACUAGAGUAAAUCUUCGAAUUGGGGCGUGAUUUCAGCACCAGAGGAUAGAGAACAGCACCCAUUGAAAACACCGCACUGCAAGAAAAUCACGGAUUUGUAAAAUAUGCAAGAAUUAAAACGCUGCCAUAUGAAGGAAUUCUGGAACAAAUACCAGGGAUUGCUGAGGUUUUACUGGAAGAUAACCCCUGGGACUGCAACUGCGAUCUCGUUUCCCUGAAGGAAUGGCUUGAGAAUAUCCCGCAUAAUGCUUUGAUCGGCAGGGUCAUUUGCGAGGCCCCGACGCGACUGCAGGGGAACGAUUUGAACGAGACAUCAGAAAUUGACCUGUGUCCUUCAGAGAACGGGAUGGACACCAGCUUGGUUGCGCCACCCACCAGGGACCAGAACGCCAAUACCGGACCCUUCCCAACGUCUUCUAAAAUAAAUAGCGAAAAAGAGUCUCCAACUCCUGGAUCUGGACACAAAGGACGCUCAAAAUCACGGGAAAACUGGCAGCUGAAAACCAAACCCACAGCUACAGCAACUGUAAACGAGAGGAGCGAAAAACUGUACAAUGCAUCCUGUCCACGCUCGUGCAGCUGCAAACUGCUUGAGCCUAGGCAAUGGUUGAGGGUUAAUUGCGAUAGCAAAAAAAUUGAGACCCUGGUUGAUGUGAAACCUAGACCCCUUAAUGUGCACGAGCUAAAUCUAAGAGACAACAGCAUUACCGCUGUAAAAAAGAACCAGUUAUAUGGACUUCAAAAACUUAAUCUUCUUGAUUUGGGGGCAAACAAUAUAAAAUCAGUUGAAAAUAACACAUUUCAAAAUCUCACUGAAUUAAGAUGGCUGUAUAUGGAUAAGAACUACCUGGAUACUCUUUAUAUGGAAAUAUUUGUUGGAUUGCAAACCUUGGAAUAUCUCAGUUUGGAAUAUAAUGACAUACAUCUUAUAAUGGCUGGCACAUUCAACCCAAUGCCCAAUCUAAGGGUUCUGUUUCUCAACAACAAUUUGUUGAAAUCACUGCCGAUGAAUAUUUUCCUUGGAGUUUCCUUGUCACAAAUUAGCCUGCAUAACAACUAUUUCACAUUUAUUCCUGUGGCCCAUUUAUUAGAUCAGCUUGUGUCCAUAAUAAAAAUUGAUUUGCAUGGUAAUCCAUGGAAUUGCUCAUGCAGCAUUGUACCCUUUAAGCAAUGGGCAGAGAAGCUCGGGUCAGAGGUCAUCGUAAGUGAUCUACAGUGUGAAUCUCCAGAGGAAUUGUGGAAAAGAGAUUUCCGAUCCAUUGGAAAUGACAUUCUCUGUCCCCUACUCUAUGGCAAAAUUGUACCCACGUCUUUAUCUAAAAACAGCACUUCCUCUGCAGAUGCAGGGACACAUUCCAACUCAUAUCUGGAGCCAAGCAGAGUAUCCAUCUCUGUUUUGGUCCCUGGGCUGCUGUUGGUUUUUGUAACAUCUGCAUUCACAGUUGUUGGAAUGCUCGUCUUUAUCCUGCGCAACCGUAAAAGAUCAAAGCGAAGAGAGGGUAACUCUUCAGCAUCGGAGAUAAAUUCUUUGCAGACAGUGUGCGACUCAACGUACUGGCACAGUGGGCCUUACCACGCUGAUGGAUCUCACAGGGGUUAUGAUUGUGGCACCCACUCACUCUCCGACCAGUAGCGGAGAGAAUUGUAAAGAAAGCUGCCAGGAAUACAAACAGAAAAGAAUAAACAAACAAUAUUGUGUACUGUUCUAGUGACCACUGAAGACUAGAUACAAAUGAUAAAAACUCUGUUUUCAAUGUCUCGGAUAUUGCCCCUUUUGUAUUUGUCUCUGUUGACUGUACUGCCAGUGAGUCAUCGUUGCAGAACCAACUGUAAUAUAUGUAUAGAUCUUCUCAUAUUCGGAUACUUGCUACAAUCACACUGAACCUUUGAGAAGAAAGACUAGGUCCAAAACUCUGCACGAGGGCAUGAAUGUAAUGUACAUAAUUGACUAUUAUACCUGCAUGAUCCGCAUGGUCUCAACACACCAAUGAGAUCCAUAUCAUUUUUAUCAAGAGGCAUAGUCAACUUAUCUUUCAUGCUAUAAAUAUAUAAAAUGAAAUAUGAAUAUAUUCAAAGUGCCAUUUCUCUAUUUUUUGUGAACAUGCAGUAAAAAAAAAUGUAUUUGUUGUUUCAAACUGCUACAAAACAGAAGCUGGGAAAAAAGAAAAAAACAAGGAAAGCGACAUGUAUAUGCAUGUAUUUGUUUAUAAAUUGAUUGUAAAUGGGUAUCAGGAUUAUUUAUAUUUUGUGCAGAUGGCAUUUCUGCUGAGACAUCUUCUGAAUGUAAAAUGUGUUAUCCUUAUAAUGUGCCAAUUGUAAACAUUCGGAGAUUCUGAAGCGGAUAGGCAUGACCAAUUAAUGUCACUCUUGUGCUUACGCUGCAACAGUAAUGCUGUAACAUGGUUUGUGAUAUUGUGUUAAUAGGUUUAUUGGAGAAAGAAAGAAAAACAGGAACAUCUGAGGGUUUUAUAAUGGCAUAUUUUUUCAAAUUAAAAUGUUUUAAAUGAAAGAUGUUUCAGUAUGUACAUAGACAGUUUGAUCAGUGUACUGAGUUCAGAUGGACCACAAUGCAUUUUUAAUGGCACUGCUCCACAAAAGCAUUCCAUUCUAAUAAUUGUGGAAUAUUGUAAAAAGCUAUUUAUCACAUUCAAAAAAGAUAAUUUAAGCUGCAAAUCCAUUAGGUUACACAAAGCAUUCUUGGACUUGAAAUGACCAAAAAGGUAAUGCAAUUGCAAUAUUACUUUUUAUGUCCUAUAUCCAAAAUGGGAAGAAACAUAUUAUGAUUAAUGCAAGCUUUUGUAUCUCCAAUCUUCAGAAUAAAGACUGGGAAUCUCAGUUUUGAUGACAAGCAUGCUGUACAUGGAUUUACAUUCUAAUAGAAUUGCAUACUUAAAACCAAGAAUACAACAUCCAUUUACUUGCUAAAUUAAUUUUUGGAUUUGUUUCUAUCCAAAAAUCACAAAAAAUCAUGUUUAAAAAGCUUCGAUAGGCUUGUCAAUGCUUGUCAUCAUUUGGCUGUGUAUGGUUAAUUUUAAAAGAACUGUAUAAAGCAACCAAUGUGGUGAAGAAAUGUAUAAUACAGUAUUAUUAUCCACACCUCUAAAUCUAUUAUUGUGAUUACUGAUGGGGUUUACAUUUUCAUUUAAUAAAGAAUUAAAAUCAUGUAAUAAUAUACAGCAUUCACACUUUCACUUCCCCAUCUGUUUGCUUUGUUACACUAAAAGUGGGAGUUCUUAGAACAGAUCAAUUUACACUGAUACCUCUGUGUAAACGUGUUCAAGACAUACAAAUUAAAUGCAAUUACAAACAGAAAGGCUAUUUAAAAUGAAACUUUGAGGAAAGCUCAUAUGCUUAAAUGAGUAUCUGGACAUUUUUAAAAAUAGAAAGAGACAGAAACAUGCCACACAUCACAGUCUUCUUUUAAUGAAUGAUUACACAAUUCACUUUAGGGUACAGGAAUGCUCAUAUCAAAUCAAUUGUGGAAAGACUAAGAAAAGUGUUUAUUAGUUUACCAUCGCACCAGCUAUACAUUUUGGGGAAGGGUUGUUUUUCUCCAAUGGAGACGUGAACAUUUUUGACUUGAAAUGUAUUUUUUAAGGUUGUAAGGUCAAAUUGGAAUGUUAGUGUUGCAGGCAUGUUAGAUUGAAUGCCAAGCAUUAUUUCAUUCAGAAAUGUGGAGCAAAUGUGAUUAUGUCCAUGUCAGACAUGUGGCAGUAAACCCAUCUUUCUAAAGUCACAAAAGCCAUAAAUGAUAUCACCAAGUAUAAAAUUUGUAUUAGUGCAAUUACUUUGUGUAAACUGUACAAUAUCAGCAGAAAGUGAUGCAAUCCAUUGGACGUGAUUGUUUGUAAAUCAAAAAAAGCUUUUUCCUUUGUCUUCAUAAAAAUGCAGACUUGAUGGAAAUGCUAUGAAAUUGCAUUGCUGUCUCAUAUUUUCCCCUAAAAUGGUAAAACCUGUUACAGGUUGGAGGAAACAAUAAAGAAAAUGGAUUGUAAUCUG